CCACCGCUAUGUUGAUAGGGCGCCAUGGCAACGGUGUACCAGUGGGAUAUGCUCCGCUGUUUUUUCUGACGUUAUCCUGGGGCUAAAAUGUCAUAGUCUUAGUAGCGUUAGGUGGUGUGUUGUCUGAGUAUAAAUGUAAGAGCUGAAAAAGUACGAUGUCGGAUAUAUUGUGCCGGUGGCUGAACCAGGAGCUCCAGCUGUCAAAGGCUGUAGAGCCAAAGACCAUUGCCAAAGAUUUCGCCAGUGGUUACCUAAUGGGGGAAGUUUUGCAUAAAUAUCAGCUGCAAAACGAUUUCAAUAUGUUUAUGAAGAAAGACACCUCUGUCUCCAAACUGAAUAAUUUUACACGCCUUGAGCCUACUCUCCAAUUACUUGGGAUCUCCUUCGACAUAAACACAGCCCAAGACCUAAUUCAGGAGAAGCAGGGGGCUGCCACACGCCUCCUAUACCAACUCUAUGUCUCACUUGAGAAGAACAGGAAAGCAGAAAUUAGUGGGACAAUGAUGGAAAUUAUGCAGCCAGCAGGAUGUGCAAGCCUGCACAAAAAGGAGCAUCAAAUCUAUUCUGACCGACUGCGUCAGGUGGUGAAACGUGAUACAGAAUUGAAACUUCAGAAAAUUUCCCAGCACUAUGAGGAGAAAUUCCAGCAGUUUGUGGUGACCCCUCCGAUCGAGCAGAAGAGACAAGUCAGAGUCCAGGAUGAGAAAAGACUGAAGAAUAUUGACAAGUUGCAGGCAUUUCAUCAGAAGCACAAAGGCAUGACUUUUAACCAGACCACUUAUAUGCAGGUGCCUAAGCCACCUCCAUACAUUUCACAGCUCAGCCUAAAGAAGAGACAGCAGCAGCAGAAGCGCAAAGAACGGCAAGCACAGAUAGUCCAGACUGAAAUAGCCCAGUUUGAGACAAACAGGAAGAUGGUAAUUACUGCUGGGUUAUCAUCAAGUGGUCAGUCCCCCAUAGAUUUUUCCCUUGGUAGCAGCAGUCAGGGCCGUGAUUUGCUUGGACGUGGAAAUAAGGUGAUGUUACAGUCCAGCAACAGAUACAUACAAGAGAUCCGAAAGAGGCUGGAGGAAAAUGCUAUAGCUUGCAAGGAGAGAGAGAAAAGACAAGACAGAUUCCUGGUGGAGCAGCUCAAGGUCCAUGAAGCUCAGGAGGAGGCACGACGAGAGGAGCAACUGGUGAAGCGACUGACACGUCAGACUCAGCAGGAGCAGCGUUUGGCAACCCAGCUACUUCAGAUACGUAUGCAGAAGGAGGUCAUCCGAGAGAACCGCCUGUUCAGAGAACAGCAGUACCAGCAGCGGAGAGAGAGAGACUUCCAGGAAGCUCUGGACAGGGAGGCGGCUGUGGCUCAGCAGGCUAAGUUGGAUCGUGCAGAAGAGAUCAAAAAGGAGCUUGAAUUCUGUAACAGGAUUGCUGUUGAGAGAGCUCAAAGGAAAUAUAAGAAGCAUUUUGAGAACUGCAGGGGCAUUUUGGAGCAGAUAAUGGACUUGGCCACAAAGGUUGGAGAAUAUCGACUGCUCAAUGGAAAUCGAAUUCCAGAGAAGCUGAUGAGAGAGUGGAAGGAAUUGCUGUUCAGUGGUCUUCCACUUUACGAGCCAAUAAAGGACCGCCAGCCAGGGUUUGGGUUCCGUGAACCACUAGACACUAUAGAGCUUCAGAAGCAGGAGAUACUCAACAACCAGGACUAUGAUGAAUACACUAAUAUGGUGGGUGAGUGGGGAUGGCCAGAGGAAGCUGUGGAAGUGAAAUUACCCGUGACCAACAAUGAUAUUCUUGGGUACAUUGUCCAACAACUGAGGAACGUUGUUGAUCCACCCAUAACUGAACCAUCAUCAUCCCUAUUUCCACACUUUAUCCUUAAGGCCUGUGUCCUUGGAAAGUUUUGCUCUGGCAAGACCACCUGCCUGUCCAAGAUUGCUGAAGCACAUGGCAUCUACGUCUUAUCGACUGAUACUUUGAUUGAAGAGGCACUGAAUGCUCACAAGAACGGAGAGAAGGGCACAGUGCAGCAGCGUGACGAAGACAAUGAGCAACCUCUCGCAAACACAUCAGUGAAAUCUGAUCUUGAAAACCAAGAAGAAAAUAGAGCUGGUAAUGCAACACUUUUGAAGCGAGCCAUACAAGGAGCUGCUGUGGAAAAAGAGCUGAGGAAAGGGAACACUAUCCCUAAUGAGCUGUUAGUGGACAUUAUAGUAGAGGCGAUCAGUCAGCUUCCAUCUCAGUCAGGUUGGAUUCUGGAUGGAUUCCCAUUUGACAUCGCUCAGGCACAUCUUCUAGAGAAAGCCCUUGGUGGAGCUGUAUCCUUAGAAAGGGAAGUUGUAAAUAGCAGGAAGAACCCUGCUAAAGAUCCCAAUCCACCAAAAACUCCACCACCCCCUGCACCUGUGCUGGACCUGGUUUUGCUCCUGGAUAUCCCUGAUGAGCAUGCAAUCAGUCGUGGAUACACUAAAAUGGAUCUGGACGAUGAUCCUAGAACCUCCCAGCAUGCAGACAAGAAUGUGUAUCUGGCACAGAUUGGACACAGGAUAACAGCUUUUCAGGAUACCUGGCCAAAACUGGAGAAAUGGUUUGGCGAAAAGCAAAACAUUUUGGUCCGUGUUGAUGCAGAUGUAGAUGUUCAGGAGCUUUACAGUAGGGUGGAGUCUAUCCUGCAUCAAGCUAUAUUGAAAACACAGGGAGGUGUAGACCAGCCUACAGCUCUCACUGAAGAAACUAUUGAGCCCACAGAGUCCUGCUCCAGCCUUAAAGAGGAAAAGGUCCAAAGUCCCAGAGGGCCCAGUAGGAGUGCAUCAGUAUCCUCAGUGUGCAGUGUUAGCUGUCAAGGAGCCCCCAAAAACUCACCUAAGUCUAAGUCUUUCUGCCCCCAAUCAUCUGUCCAGCUCCAUGUGAACGAGCCACUUCCUCCAGAGAUCCCAGAGUACCUGUGCUCAUACUGGGACACAUUGUGCGAUUCUUAUGUAGACGGUGUAAAGACGGUGAUGCAAGAGCUGCGCUUGCAACGCUCUGUUAUCAACCAUCACCUGUUUAAUAUCAGAGAGCAUUACAAACAUUAUUUGGGGCGCCCAGACUUAAAACAGGAGUUAGUGUCUCAAUGGCAGAAGAACUUCAACAGCAUACCCGAUGAUAUGAGAGAAGAUGAGGAUACCAAAGAAGAGCUACAUCUGAGAUUGGAUGAGCUACGUGAACGUUUGUGGGACAUUACUGACAAGCGUAAGGAGCAGGAUGAGCAAGAGAGGGCUUCUCUCAUGAGUGAUGGUUGGUUGGAGGAGCACAUUGUUGUUCUCGUCAACCACCACUCUAUACUUACGCAGGUGGAGUUUAACCGCUUCCAGGAGACGCUCUGUAUUCUCAGGGUCUACUAUUUAAGCAUGUGUGGACAGAUGCUUCCCAAACCACUCUCAAUUUUUUUUUAUGUUCCUUUAAUGGAAAACACAGAAAAUAAGGAUCAGGAUGAGAGUAGUGAACCACCAGGAUCAAGUUUGUGCAAUCUGGAUGAAGGAGAGGACAAGAAGAAGUUACAUUUUACUCCACUCACCAGACAUCCUGACGCCUCUGGAAGGGUCUCCAAGACAAAAGGCCAAGAUCAGCCAGAACCUGUUCAAGUCAGAUUUCCCGUCUCUCUUUAUGUGCCCUUUAUUUUUCACGUACACACACACACACACACACACACACACACACACAUAGCUCUGCUAGAGUUACUGUACCAGCAGCUAUACAGCAUUUCUCCAUCAGGCUUCAUGUCUACGUCUGGGUUCUUCAGUUUGCUCAAAGAUAUCACAACUACUAACAUGGGCAAAGACACCUUGCCUGAGCCCUGGAUGGACAAAAGUGAAUCGCAGUUGAUGGAGAUUGUGUCUUCAUUGACGGACAGCUAUGAGCUGGUAGACUGGCGUCGGUUUCUGCUCAGUGCUGCUCUUCCUUGGCCAUUUCCUUUGUUAAGUCAGCUGCUGGAUGUGCUACAACAGUUCAAGGCAGCAGAUACUAGUGACACAGGCUAUAUAAAUGAGGAGAACUACUUGAAAACAGAGUUGUGGUUCUCCACUGAAAGUGUCCAGACUGUUCCCGAGGACCCCUCUGAGCCUGUACCUUAUGUGCGUCUGGCCAACCUUCGCAAGUUCUUUUUCCACAUGUUUGCAGACCACUCCUUCUCUCCCUCUCGAUUGGAUUAUGUGUCCAUGCUGAAGUACUUUGCUGCAGACCCCAACCCCACACAGGGCUUCAUCCGAAUAACCAUAACACUAAGCACUUCUCUAAUGAUAAUACUAUUACUGUCUGCUGGCCUGCAGAACCUGGUGGAAGUAUUCAGAGAGCUGGGAUAUGAUCCUGAGGACCAUGUCCCUUUUUCCAUUCUCUCUCAGCAUCCUUCUGUUCUGUCGCUGAUGGAGAGUUGUACACACCACCAGCUUGUGAACAUUCAUGGAGUGUUACUGGACAGUCAGCAUGGAGGAGAGACUAACAGCUCAACACUUUCAUAAAGGAUAAGAUAAAGACAUAAUUCUGGCCGCACUGUGAAGAACUCUAACUUGGGAAAUGCACAAUUUUGAAGUGUUCUAAUUAUUUUAAUGUUUAAAAUGCUAUGUUAAUAGGUGUGCAUCCAUACACUGGUGUUGUACUACAUAUUUGAGAUAGGAACAAUAACAUAUGGUGGUGGAUUGACCUUGCUAAAUUUUUUGUCCUGUGAUACACUCCAGAAGUUUUCAUGACUGAGGUGCUUCUUUUUUAAUGAACUCUGUGCACUGUCCAGGAUAAUUCAGAUGUCAAGCCUGACUUGUCCGUCACUUCCUACUGUGGCACCAACAACCCUAUCAUAGUUCAUUCAGGAUGUAUGUGUUAUGGUAGCAGCUUUCCACUUUUUUCAUAAACGGAGAAGUAUGAAUAAAUGAUAUUUCAACAAAUAAUGUAGAUUGUUAGACAAUUUGUUUUACUAAAGGCAAAAAAACAUGUUAUUAUACCAAUACUAUGUUCUGUUCUAAUAGGACCUCUCUUUGUAAAAGGAUGAUUUUGCCAAGCAUGAGGCAUUUCUUGGUUUUAUGGUGAUAAUCCAUUUUGUUCUGCUGAUAUCUUCUGGAAAUUUGUCCAUUUGUCUUGAUCAUUACUCAGUUUAAUAAGCUGCCUGGCUCAUUAAAUUGAACUUUUCCAUAAGGAAUUGUUUUAGCAGGAAGGUUUUUAUUAUCUGUUUCUAAUGAAGGAGAAUAAUUUUGUUACCACAUAAUACAAACAGCACGGGUAAUGUAUUUUGGACUUUUUUGCUUCUGGCUAUCUCAGUCCUUUAGUCUGCCAAGAUCCUGUUUGUCUGAUUGGUGAGUAAUGGAGUGUCCACCCAUCCCUUUUCUUCCACAAAUCCAAUUCGGGCUGAAGCUUUUCCCAGCUGCCACAGAGCAAGACUUUUGGUACACCCUGUACAGGUCAUCAGUCUAUCGCAGGGCUAACACAUAGAGACAUAUUCACACCUACAGGCAAUUUAAAAUUACCAAUUAACCUGACUCCAUGCAUGUCUUUGGACUGUGAGAGGAAGACAGAGUGCUUACACAGAGACAGGGAGAACAUACACACUCCAUACAGAAAGGCUUCAGGCUGGAUUUAAAACCAGGACCUUCUUGCUGUAAGGGUAACUACCGUGCCACCAGAGUACACACACCAAUAUUUUGUUAAAAAAUUACAUUAGAGUAUAUUAUAUAUAAGUUCAUUCACUAUUAGGUAAACCUUACAUUGAUAUAAAAACAGUGAAAGCACUGUUUUUUCCAAACAACAAACAAGAUUUUUACUGAGCAGGUAUUACACAAAUUUUAGACGACUUGUUUACAUAUACAAAAAUGACAGGAGACACAGCUGAUAAAGUCUCAGGGAUCUUAAAAAAACAAAAAACAAAAAUGUAUGCCCAUUUAGUCUCUAUUAGACUUUCUUUGAGCAUUCUUGAGUUAAUAGUACUGUAAAAUAGAAAGUCGUUAUAGCUUCCUCUCUCUUUGUCUCAGGGACAACUUUAAUGACCUCUCAAACUUCAGGAGGUUCCUGUCCAUCCAGUAUGAAAGGCUGCUGGAGAGAGCAGGAGAUAAUAACUUUCCUUCAAGAGGAACACUGUGAUAUUACUGACCUUGAUGCUUGUAACCCCUGUUCCUUCAUCCUGGAACACAAACCCAGUGUCCAUUAUAUAACUUUCUAUCCUGGCACUCUGAAGGGUCAGGAUCCAUCCAGUAUCCUACAUUCCAGUGUUCAGUUCCCAACUUUCUGACCACUCAAACAUCUGGGCUCAGGCAAUGAACCUUUUUUUAUUCUUUACUGACUUCUACAAUAAAGGUAAUAUCUGCA